CAUCAAUUCACUAAAAACGGAAAAUCAAAAACACACUCAGUCUUCACUUCAUCAGCUUCAUCACACUCAUCAAACACGUCACACACACUCACUCACUCACUAACAAUCAACUAUCAAUCAAACCAACAAAAAAAAUGAAGUUUUGGAACUCUAAUCAAACUCCUAUUCCAAUCUUAAUAGUUUCAUUUCAAUUCACAGUUCAUAAGCUUAUGGGUCAUGGAUCACAUGAAUCUAAUCCAAAUCAAGACUUCUUAUCGGCUCAUAUGGAUAGCGAACAUCAUAUUCAAGGAUUCGAUAUGGCAUCUGCAUUUCAUUUACACGAUUUAAAUCGAGAUAACAUUUUAGAAGCCGAAGAAAUUUUAAAAUUAUAUGGAGUUGAUCAUGAAACGGCCCUAGAUCAAUCUACUUCUGUUAAACAUCAUGAUUCGAAAGCCGAAAGAAUCUUAUCAGAAGUCAUGGAGAAAUUAGAUAUAAAUAAAGAUGGGAUUAUAACUAAAUCGGAGUUUGUGGCAAUUACUUCUAAAGAUGGCUUGCCUUCUUUUAGUGAUAUUCCUGGUCUUGGUCAUCAUUAUGAUGAAGAAGGAGAAUAUUUCUUACAUCAUGAAGAAUCACAUCAUGGAACACCUGAAACUCAAACAGAAGAAUCAUAUGCUCAUCCAGAAGACAUUAAACAUUUUUCACAUCAUCAAGAGAUCGAAGCUAAAGAAGAAGAAUUAGAUCGAAUCGCUCAAGGUUUACCGGAGAGUGAACAAACGAUCUUUUUUAAAAAACAACAAGCCAAACAUGCCCAAGAAGAAGAAGAACGUGCUAAACGGGUUGAAGCGGCUCGUCAACAAGCCCUAAAGUAUGGUGAUUUAAGAGGUGAGGCUGAAAGGAGAGGUGAUUGGGGUAAAGAUGGAUUAGGACUUAGGAGACCUAAAGAUAAGGCUGAUCGAUUAAGGAAAAACGUUCCUUAUAAGUACAAAAUUCGAAAAUCGUUUUGGGGUGAAUUCUAAAUCAACUCAAUUAGACUCAAACUAAGUCCAAACAAACAAGACGAAACUUGAAAACCCAAUCGCAAGUUUCUCAAACAAAUCACACACGCGCGUAUCUUAACUUUUGGCAAUCUCUCCUCACAAAGGAGAAUUUCUUCUUUGGUUCCUUUUGCACUUUAGUUGUUCUUUUCUUUUCCUUCAUUUUUUUCAUUUAGUUUGCUUUUUUAUGAUCGUCUUCUAGUCACUCCUGAAAAAAAAUCUUUUUUCUUCUAUUUUUUUUUCUCUCUCUCUUUUUCUUUUUCUCUGGUUGUUACUAUUUGUUAUAAAUUGUAAGGUGAAUUGAAGGUAUCAAAACAAGAAGCAAAAAGCAAAAAGCAAAAAAAACAUAGGGAAAGGUGAAAGUUUGUUAAACAGUUUGGUAGUUGUUGUUUUUUUUUCAAAAAAAUUAUGGUACUUUGAGAAAAUCUACUUUUUCUUUUCUUUGUUUUUGUAAAUGACAUUUUCCUUUUCGUUUUGUUUGGUUUUUGUUUAUUUGGUUUUUGUUUGUUUGGGUUUUUGUUGUGAAGGAAGUUUUUAAAUUGCAAUGCUUUUUUUCUUUUUCUUU